UCUAGCGUGUUCAAAAGAUGAACUAAAGUACAGAAUCGAUUCAGCGGUGAGGCCAUACUACCCGGCAGCAGGUGCUCGUAUUUCAACGCAGCACGUGAAAAAGAUGUUCAUCUUGUGAAUUUUGCAUCAACUAUUAAGCGUUUUCCACUGUAUUCCUAGUGUCAGUGAGUCUCUUGUGAAAGGUCCGUGAUAAAAAGUCCACAGACCCAUCAUGAGCAAAAGAAAAAUGUCCACGUCGGGGGAUUCCCUGUAUCAAAUCUUGGAAAUCCCUAAAACUGCUACACCUGAGGAGAUUAAGAAAACUUAUAGAAAACUAGCACUCAGGUUUCAUCCCGAUAAGAAUCCUAAUAAUCCAGAAGCAGCUGAAAAGUUCAAAGAGAUAAACAGAGCACACACGAUUCUAACGGAUUUAACAAAACGUAACAUUUAUGAUAAUUAUGGAUCUCUGGGUCUCUAUGUUGCUGAACAAUUUGGCGAGGAAAGUGUCAAUGCCUAUUUCGUUGUCACUUCUGGUUGGUGCAAGGCGUUCUUUGUGAUAUGCGGUCUGAUAACCGGCUGUUAUUGUUGCUGCUGUUGUUGCUGUUGCUGCAACUUCUGUUGUGGCAAGUGUAAACCAACGCCUCCAGAGGACAGUGGUGCAUACCAUAAUCUUCAGCGGGACCAGAAUCCAGAGGCUGAAGUUGUGACGAAUCAACCCCGAGGUUUCCACAAGGAGGACGAGAGCGAUGAGGAUGCUGUGGUCUCUCAACCUCAAGGCGGAGCGUCACAGGGCGCGUCCGGCGCUCAGCCUGUAUUUGCGAUGCCACCGCCACCUACGACUGCCAACGAGAACACUACCCUAAACAGCGGUGGAGAGCGUGUCAUUUACACCACCGUAGCCACAAAUCCUUUCACAGGAGCAAACAUAGGCUCAGCCAACUCAGGACCAACCGAAUGGUAGUCACGGGAUACGAGAACCAAUGCAAGAAAGAGGUACGCCAGUUGCCACAAACCACCUCGUAAAAGAAGACGUUGGAAUUUCGUCAGUGUACUUAGAGCCUAAUUAAAAUGUUUUUCUUCGAUUAUGAUUCCUCUGUCGAACACUUAAGAUAAUUAUGAUACGCUGAUAUAUACUGUUCGACAAAUUGAGAUCUUUAACUUUUUUUUUCUUAUCAACAAAAAUAACAUAUGGUACGGUAGUGUACGAGAUGGUGAUGAAUUUGGAAGUGCGAAGAGAAGAUUAAAUAGAAAGAAAUAACAUUGAGUUUAAAUAUAAUAUACGUGACGAUACCGCUAAUAAUAAUAAUUAAGAUGAAAAUCAAACAUAUAGGUAUUGUAUCAACUUCAGUGUUCGAUGGACGAAUUUUAUUUUGCGUGUAACGAUCAUUGUCUCUGUUAAUGCGAAAAAUACUGUAUUCAAUAUCAAGAUUGAAUUUCAAGCAAUUGAUUUUCAUUAAAAAAAAACAAUUCGUUAUUAUCUUAGGUAGCAUAAUUAUUAUGUCGCACGAUAGGAACCGCGUGGUUCUAUAAAUCAUUUAAAAAUUCUGUAAUUCAAUCAGGAUGCGUAUGCAAGUUGGUGAGGAAACUUCAAUCGUGAAAACACAAAUGGAAUCUCUGAUUAAUCAAAGUCCUACAAGCUAGCUACAAGAACGCGUGGCAGUGAGACAAUAUAUAUUUCAGAAUCGUCAUUAAUCCAAUUUCGAACAGGAUAGCAUUGACUUGCAUAGAAAUAACAAAAAAUUCAUUGACACGAGGAAGCAUCGGUCGCUUGGCAACAGUGUAUUCCACUGCGCAUGCGCGAUAGGGCACUGUUAUUUGACGGUAGUCAAUUUGCAAUUUCUUCGUCGUUUCAUUUUUUUCUUGCAAUAACGAAUCCUUGGAGCUCAACGUCGUGACGAAUCAAGACAAUGCCUAAGGUGCCAUACUAAGACGAAAAAUAAAUAAGUCGGUCAACACGUAGUGGCGAGAAAUCUGAUAUCCAACCUUCGUCAUGAAAUUGGUAUAGCGUUACUUCAUUUUCUUAUCAGUUAACGAGAUAUUUGCUAUAGCAUUUUAGAAGGGCUUUUUUUCCGACCGGUAAAAUUAUGUCGUCUCGACGAUAGUUACGCCUUUGACUGGUAAGAACUAAUCGACAGUAUACUUCCGUUAUCAGAUAGCAUAAGUGCGGAUGAUAUACGUAUUUAUAACUUAUGUAUACAUGGCAAUUCAAUUUAUUAAGAUUCCAUUUUUUUUUUAAUCAUAAAGAACAAAGAUAAUAGCACGUAGGUGAUAUGACUUUCUGAUAUUCAGGAAACGGUCUCGAACGUAGACGUUACAAGCUGCAAUCGAAUCGAAUCGGAUAUAUUUAUGGGAGUCUGUAAUGCGCGAGGAUAUUUUUUUAAUGUUAUCAGGCUUUCGUCACGUUUAUAUUACGCAUUGAAAUUCACGUCCAGUAUUGUUGAGGACACGUGUUUUUUCCGAGGUACUAUCCCACACAACGCGAAAUAUCCGAACGAUAUACGAAUUAUGUCUGCAGUGUUCUACUGACGUCCGGCUGAAAAAUGCUAUGCGUAAUACAUCCCACAUAAGUUUUGUGCGCAUGAUCUUAAACACGACGCACUAUGGCAUCUUUAGAAUGUCGUUUUAAUGUCGGCAUUUAUGUUGUCCAUUAUUUUUUUUAUCAUUUAUCAUUAUUAGAUAUUUUAUACUUACCGAUUACAAUACCUCUUGGGAACCUUACACGCAUCUAAUCGUGAAUAGGUUGUUUGCUUUAUCUUAUUUUCUACAUUUCUUUUAAACUGCAUAAAUUCAUUGAAUUUUUUUAACCUGUCAGCCAACGCGUUAUUUCUAGCGCGUCUAACUUUUUCCAUUGUUAUUUCGUAAGUUGUGUCGUUUCAUAAGUUAUGUUGCCUUCGAGAAAUGCUCAAAGGCUCAUAGGCUCCUCGCGGCUCAAGCCAACCAAUGAGCGUGCCGGUGCAUGACCGAUCACUGCGCCAUCUACCUUAUAAGAAUAUCCUAUACAUGUGAAUCAAACUGUCAGAUUGAUGUUAGAAAUACAUCCUAUGAAUGAAACGGGUAGGACGUGCAAAGGACGGACAGAAAGACAUCCGUAGGUGGGGCAAACAUACUUCAGAAUGACGUCUGCAGGAUAUCAUUUUUAAAUUUUCGGAUGUCUAUCGUACGUCAGUAGUGCCGAUUGACGACGUCUGUAUGACGUAUUUCUAACAUCCCAGUGUUGUGUGGGAUGUAUUACUGAUAACCUCGAUAUUCCCUGUUGAAGAACUUCCUUAACUUAGACGUCCGUUGUAGCUUUUCGACUUACAUGCUAAAUAUAUUAAGGACUAUAGAUUUUUAAGGACUUAAUAACGUUUUGUGAUAACACCGAGUAACCCAAUCACCAUCUUUUUGCAUAGCUCACCGUAUUUGUAAUACGUUCAAUGUUAUACUGUUAUUAUACAUCGAUUAAUCGCUUUUUCCAUAUUGCGACCCAUUGACUUUUUUCUUUGUUAUUUACCCCAUAAAAUUAUUAAUAUUCGUAUAACACUUUCUUUGUCUCGUCAACGAAUUCCCAUUAAAUUCUUGCGAUUCGGGAUGCGUCGAGGUUGAUGAUUAUUUAAAGAAAAAAAAAUUCUCCAUUUUUUCGCUCGAAUUAUUGUAGCUCACGAGAAUGUGUAUUUUGUAUAUGGGACGCCUUAGGGUAAUUUCGAUAAAUUCCGGAUAUUUUUAAUUACAGUUAGUCAAUCGUUUUCAUUUAAUUCAUGUGGACGCUAGCGACGUUACCGUUUUAUAACAUCCAACGUAGUUAGUGUGCUUACAAAUAUUUUAUGUAUUUAUUGAUAAUCAAAUUUGUUUUAGUCUACGGCAUUGCUCUCGUUAACGUCUUGAAACAUCGUCAUCAAUGACCGGCAUGCUGUUUUUACAUUUUCUUUUUUUAUUUGACAUUUUUAAAGGCGUCACGUGUCCCAAUAAAAUUUACUUAGCCCACGCUAAACUGUUACGAUUAUUUUAUUAAAUGUGACACGGUUGUAUAUGUAUAUAUGUGACAUUACACAUGUAUAUGUAUAUAUAACGAAUAUUAUUAUACGUACAUAUGUAUUACUUCACAGUAUCCCUUAAACUUGUGAAAAACAAAAAGUGUACUUUAAGGUUAUAUACUUGAAUCUACUUUGCGAAUUAUAGUUAUGAAUUACACAGAUUGUAUUUAUCACGUUAGAUGAUUAUUGUAAAGUCGUGUAAUACAAAAAAAAAGACAAGGACUGUAAAUAAACGAGAUUACCGUAAA